CCCACCUGUUGUACAUUUCAUGUAGUAUAAUCUGCAGCUAGUGACCUUGUCAUGUAUGCACAUGUCCUUCAUAACCGCGAGGCUUGUCUGACGUGGUCGGGAAUCUCGUCCUUUCAACCCAGCCAGUCUUACACCACAACUCCAUGUGUCUCAACUCUUCCAAGUAUAGUAUAUCGCAAUCUUUGCCUCUCUUUUUUUUUCCUUCUAUCAAAUCAAUAGUCAAAGAAACUAGACAAACACUCACACACUCAACCAACCCCUCUAAAAACCAAACCAGACCAAAACCCCUGUCAAGCCAUCACCUGCGGCUGGACGCAGUGCGACAAACACUCGCACACCCAACCCCUCCUCUGGAUCCUAAUGCCGCCUUGGAGGAUCAGAGAGAGAGGAAAAAAAGAGGCAAGGCGCAAAAUCGGCAGCAAGGGGGGAUUUCAGCCCGUGAUUACUUUGUACUAGGCUAUUUUCUUUUUUUUUUUUUUUUUUUUUUUUUUUUUUUUUUUUUUCUUCUUCUUUUUUUUCCCUCCUUAUCUUCUAGCACAACGUAAUUCAGGGUUUUGCUCCAGCUUUCUAUGAGCAAGAGCGUAAUCUAUAAAUAAACAACCAAGACAACACAAACUCUUGAUUGUACUGUCAUCACCAACCUUAUACUACAGCGUUUGGUUCCUCCAUUCCAUCUACUUCAUCCCUCAGGCCGUAUCUUUCACUCUACCCUCUUCUCUUUCGGUUUCACCAUCUAGCAGCAGUAAUGGCACAAUAGACACCAAACCAAAGAACAAAAGAAAU